CUUAUACGGAGCUGUCCUCGUCUACCAUCAAAUAUCUUUCAGAUUGCCCCCCCCCCAAAUCUUCAUUUUUUUCUGACCCUCCUUUCGAAAAUUUACCUGAGGAUAAGCCUACUUCGCCACUUCUUAUUCAAUUGCAAUAUCAAAGCGGGCACAGCAAGCAGCCCCUUUUUUCCAAUCCCAUCUGAAUAUCACAUACAUAACUAGAAAGGCUUUUUCCCCAGCUAGUUACAUCAACCAACUAUCACCAAACAAGGGCAAACACGUUCCCAACCGAAAAUCCAAACCAAAACCAAAACACCAAGAAAAAAAUGCCAUCCCAAAAACCCCGUAGUCACGGGCACUCAGCCUCAACCGGCUCCGCCAAAACCGCCGGCACCGCCGGCGUCUCCUCCCCCACCCAAGGCACGCGGCAAUCCCAACAGCCACCCGUCCCCAUCUCCAUCACCAUCUGCGGCGACGGCGGCUGCGGUAAAUCCUCCAUCACCCUGCGCCUCGUCCGCUCGCAAUGGACAGAAGACUACGACCCGACCAUCGAAGACAGCUACUCCAUCACGCGGCGCAUCGACGGCGUCACCUACCACUUAUCUCUGACCGACACGGCGGGCCAGGAAGAGUACCGCGGCAUGUGGGCCUCGUCCAACUUGGGAGCCGACGCUUUUCUGAUGGUCUACGACAUCACGUCGCGCGACAGCCUCGACGCGCUGCAGUAUUUCAACGAUCUGAUCGACAUGGAGGCCGAGACGCGGGCGGAUAACGCGGCGCGGGCGCGCAGGGCGGGAUUAUCUCCGGCGCAGAUAAGCGGGAGCAUGUCGAAUCGGUAUGCUACUGGCUCGAACAUGGGCGGGGGAGCUGGCUCGGGGGCCAAGGCGAUCCCGCCGGUGAAGAUUGUGGCGGGAAAUAAGUGCGAUUUGUCGGAGAAGCGGGUGGUAACGUCCGCUACGGGCUUGGAAUGGGCGAGGGCGCGAGGGUGCGGGUUCAUGGAGACGAGUGCGAGGUUGGAGGUGAAUAUUGAGGAGACGUUUGCGCUGAUUGUGAGGAGGGUGGUGGAGCAGAGGAGGUUAGCCGAGUUGGGCAUCACGGGCGUCGAUCAGGAGGCGGCGGAGGAGUUACUUGGGAGUAGCAGGGGGAGGACGAAGCCGUUGAGUCCGUUGCCGACUAAGGGCGGGAAGGAGGGUGGGUUGGAUGAGAAGGAUGGUGGGAGUGGAAGGAGGAAAGGGAAGAGAGGAGGGGCGAGUAGGUUUUUGAAGAGUUUGAAGUUCUGGUGUCGUUAGCAUAAGAGCAUGGAUUCCUGCUCUGUUUGUUUCCGGUUGGAUUGCCUUGGCUUACUUAGUUCACGCUUUUGAUGCUUCUUUUU